AUGAAGCUCAACCCAAAGAAGUGCGUUUUCGGAGUGAAAUCGGGGAAGUUUCUGGGUUUUCUUGUCAGUGAAAGGGGGAUAGAUGCCAACCCAGAAAAGGUAGAAGCCAUACUGAACUUGCCAGAACCAAAAAAUGUGAGAGAUAUCCAACGGCUGACUGGAAAAAUGGCAGCCCUCACCAGAUUCAUUAGCAAGUCUGCGGACAAGUCCCUACCUUUCUUCCAGUUGUUGAAAGGGAACAAAACUUUCCAGUGGGGACCAGAGCAAGAAAAGGCAUUCGCAGAAGUUAAGAACCACCUAAAAAGUCUCCCAACCAUAGCUAGGCCAGAGGUUGGAGACGUGCUAUAG